CUCGCCUCUAGAGACAUCCGUCCAAGCCGUUGCCUCCUCCCCUCCCCACCCACCUCUCCAAGCGAAGAAUCAGCGGCGGCGGCGGCGGCGGCGGCGAGCACCUUCCCUUGUCCACGUGCACGCCGCAGCGGAGAAGGUCAGCCCGAUUCUUCGUUCCUUAUUGGUUUGAGCCUUGGUGUUGUUGAGGAGGAGCUGAGAUGGCGGGCAUGGGCGAUAUGCCGAUGAGGCCGGCGCGGCCGGGCCCGCCGAUGCAGCACCGGGGGCCUCCGCCGAUGCCUCGCCUCCGCCCCGAACCCAUCGACCGCGAGAAGACAUGUCCUCUCCUUCUCAGGGUUUUCACCAGGGUUGCUGGCCAUCACCAAAAUGAAGAGUUUGUGGUGAGAGGGAAGGAGCCAAAAGAUGAAGUUCAGAUUUACACAUGGAAGGAUGCCACACUCCGCGAGCUAACUGAUCUUGUGAAAGAGGUUGCUCUUCCUGCAAGGAAAAGAAACGCAAGGCUGUCUUUUGCUUUUGUAUACCCGGAUAAGAAUGGUCGAUUUGUUGUCAGACAGGUUGGUUCAACGUUCGCAUAUGGCCAUGGAAGAGGGGAUGAUGCCAAAACUCUCGCUGAGCUUGGGUUCCAGAUAGGUGAUUACUUGAGCGUGGCAAUUAUGUGAACGAUGCUCCAUUGUGCUCGAUGACUGUACUGAAUGUAACUGUAGUGAUGUCAAAAGCCUGGGGCCAAGGGAUGGAUCUGUCGUUAGUACUAGGGAAUUGAAACCAAAAUUGUUCUGUAAUACUGCUACCUUUGGAAUCAACUAGGCAUUUUGAACACUUAAAUGCGUCUGGUGUGAUUGCUUGGUAA